AUGUCCGCGAACGCCUGAUUUUCACCACAACACUCCCACAAUCCACCGCGGUCCUCCACAUUUGGAUCUUCAACUUUAAGUGUCAAAUCCAAGAUGGCACUGCACCGCUUAUUCCAGCUGUCCUCCGUGCUGCGCUCCGCCGUGAGCCUGACCCUGCGCCGGAACAUCGGCAUGUCCGCUGUCCUCUUCAACCGGGCCAAGGAUCUCGACCCCGUCCAGAAACUGUUCCUUGACAAGAUCCGCGACUACAAAGCCAAGAGCAAAACUUCAGGUGGUAUUGUGGAAGCAGGACCCGAAUACCAGAAGAACCUGUCUGAUGAGGUUACCAAACUGCAGAGGCUAUAUGGUGGAGGAGACCUCAACAAGUUCCCUGAUUUCAAAUUCUCAGAGCCCAAGUUUGAUGAAGGAGCCAAGUGAAUGCUGUCCAUGUUGUAUAUCUCCUACAUGUCACCAAUAUGUUCUAUUUAAUAAAAGAUAGUGGAUUGAA